AGAGGAGUCCCAGCUCUCCGUGCCGCCUGGCACCGGGGAUUACCAGCCCGGGGAGCCUGCAGAGCCGCAGCACUGAAGUUGCAAGGGGCAGGCGGCCAAAUCCGCUGGGCAGUGAUGGCAUGUCUGUACAUGGAUUGGCGAAUGGAAGGAAUAUGAAAAAACCAUGCAUUAGAGUGUUGCUGGUCUUCUGAAGUGGUCAACCAGAUUCCUUUAAAGUGGUCUUCUGAGUUAUAACACAGCAUGCAUAACAGCUUAUCAGAAUCAGAAUAUCACUAGUUUCCACAGGCGCACUGUGUGUGACUAUGACUUCGUCCUAAAGGGAUUAAAUUAAAUGCAUGUGUAGCUGCAUUGUCUGCCAUUUAAGGUGUGUGAUGUAAAAGCAGUGGGCAGUCCUUGGGCCCUCCCCCACACUAUUGUAACGUCAUGUGCCAGUAUGAAUAUUAACGCAGAAACACAUACUUCAGUACUCAGCAACCAAAGGAGAAGCUAAACACUGAGAACAAAUGACUGGACUGCUUGCAAAACUUUGGGCAGCUAACUUCUUCUUCUCCUUCCCGGCUAUUGUGAAACAGCUGGAAGAGCAGAACUGAAGCAGCAUUUUUUGUGGAUAUUUUUUCUUUUUUUAAUUUAAUUUUUCCCCUUUGUUUUGGGUUUCAGACUCUCAAACUGCACUGACUGUAAGCACUGGACAGCAAUAUGUGUCAUGUCAUUGUAACUUGUCGCUCAAUGCUGUGGACACUUCUGAGUAUUGUCGUGGCUUUUGCAGAGCUCAUAGCUUUCAUGAGUGCAGAUUGGCUAAUUGGCAAAGCCAAGCCUGUGAGCUCCGAAGAUAUGGACAACAGGACAGGAGGCUCACAGGAGCCUUACCAUCCAACUUUGGGUAUCUAUGGGCGUUGCACCAGAAUCUCCCACAUGCAGGUUUCCAGACGAGACACACUUUGUGGGCCCUAUGCAGAGAACUUUAACGAGAUUGCCAGUGGGUUCUGGCAGGCUACUGCUAUUUUCCUAGCUGUGGGGAUCAUGAUUCUCUGUGCUGUGGCAUUUGUGUCUGUCUUUACUAUGUGUGUGCAGAGUGUAAUGAAGAAAAGUAUUUUUAAUGUCUGUGGGCUGCUACAAGGGAUUGCAGGCCUUUUCCUUAUCUUAGGCUUGAUGCUGUACCCUGCAGGCUGGGGCUGCCAGAAGGCAAUAAGCUAUUGUGGACAUUAUGCUUCUGCUUAUAAACUAGGAGACUGCUCAUUGGGUUGGGCCUUCUACACAGCUAUCGGUGGCACUGGUCUGACAUUCAUCUGUGCCGUCUUCUCAGCGCAAGCAGAAAUUGCCACAUCUAGUGACAAAGUGCAAGAAGAAAUUGAAGAGGGGAAAAACCUUAUCUGCCUCCUUUAAAUACAAUGGAAAAAAGAUCAAUCAGUAUCUAUUUUGCUUUUAAAUGACUUGAUAAAAGGAUCCCUAUCCUGUGAUUUAGCCUUAUGCAGUCUAGCCUUGAACUACUGAAGCAACUUCUAUCACUUGCUGGACGAUGAGGACCAGAGAAAGGAGGAUCUCAAGCAAAGAGAGUGUACAUAUGUGGGAAUUUUUGGUGUGACUCAGCAGAAUAUACAACUUGAGAGUGAGGCGGGGGAGUGUAUAUAGUGAACAAACGUAAUAUACCUGACAAUUUCUGAUUUGAUCAGAUUGCAUUCUCCACCUUGGUCACUUUGAAGGAUCUGCAUUAAAAUAAUAAAAGCCAGCACAUGUCUACUACGUACAGGACUAGCCUAUUUAAUCAGGUUUUGUUUUCAAGGGCUUCAAUCACUUGUGAACAUGUUAUUACCAUGUGGUUUGGUACUAUAGUUAAUAUUGUGGUGCUUGUUGAUGAGGUUUAAAAUUACUUAAAAGCACAACUUGGUUGUUUUUUUUUGUUUUUGAUAAUUAAAUGCAUGACAAAGAACAGGGUUGACAUUAAGACCUUGCUAAAAGUGGUAUAAACUGUAAAGAAAGUGAGGCAGGGGCUCAUAUUAUUUAGUUUGUUCUGGCAUGAAAUAUCAGUAACAAGUGGUAGAUACAUUAUAUUUUAGCAGCUAGAUUUGAAGUUAAAUUAUUUUUGUUUCAUAGCAGAGCCAGGGGAACUGUUGUUACGCUGGAGUUUACCUAUAUAAAAUAAAAAUGGUAGAAGUAAUGCUUUAGUAUCUAAAUGUGUGAAACACUGAACCUUGGAUACAAAAAUGGUGUCUUUACUAGAAAUCCCAGGAAGCCUCAAUAUUUAGGAAAAACAUUAUAUUCUCUCUGCAGCAAAAUUGACAGGGUUAUUUUGUGAAUGCCAACAAGUGUUGACAGUACCUCACUCUUCAGUAAAAAUAUGAACUGUAUGUUGGGUUUACAGUUACAAUAUUUCUCUGGUUGCCAAAAGAAACCUCAUUCCCAGUCCACAGGCCAGUGUCUUGUGUCUCAGAGCCAGUUUAGUCUGUAAUAGAUGUUCACCCUGCAGGAGGCAAGCCAAAUUCUAAAUGUUUGUGGGAAAACCUUUUCCCACUCUUUUUAACCACAUUUGGUAUGGACCCAUUUCCAGCACAUCAGCAGAAGCAGAAAUAUGACUUGCCACGAGUGACAUUCCUUUCCAAAAUGUGUUCAGUUCAGUCAUAUUACUUGGGUUGUUUCUCCAGUUACUGGAUUUAUCCUUGAGAGCAGAUAAAAGGAUAUUAGAAGAAAGAAUACUGUACUGCCUUGGGGAUGCAUGAGCACAAUUGAGGGUUCAAUAGAUAACUAUUCACUUGACAUUUGAUUGGAAAUUUUAAUUUUAAAACCAUUUAUUUCAUGGUGGUGGUGAAAUACUAGCAGGCACUGAAGUCUGAGCCUAUUGUUAAAAAGCUACACAGAACCACCAGAGGUGUCCACAAGUUUUAUCUAUUUGUUAAAAAUCAAAUAACUUCUGCAGACAGAGAAUAUGAUAAGCCUCUGGAUUACAUGAGUGAUUUAUUGUAGAGAACAGCAAAUUAGUAUUGAAAUGUGUGAAGGUUUUGUGUUAUUUUUGCUGCAUCUCUCCUGACCUAGAGCUGAGGGAAAUGCAGCUUGCAUUAACUAUGCACAGUCUUACUGUUAUACCAUUAAAUGUAAAAGGUUUCUUUGGAGCACAUGUGGUCCCUACGCUUUUUGAAUUCUUUAUCUGCUCCUGUGGAAGUCUCCUUCCCAGGACCACUUCUUCAGAAAUUAUUGAUCUGUGUGAGAGAUUCUAGUGAGGGUCCAGGGUUCAACUCUAAAGUUUUAAAAAGACAAUGUCGCUAUCUUUUAAUAAAUGGGUAGUUUGUAAACUCCAGUUGGUAAUAAUGCUGCCUCUCUAAGAAGUUAAAUCAAUUAAUUUUCUUUUUAAAGUGGAAUAAUUUUGUUCUGGUCUGUUCCUGAUAAACCAGACCUGUUACUUUGGACCCAUUAAAUUGAUAGGUUGUAGUAGUGCUCCAGAAUCAAUGUGCUGGAGUAGCAGCCCCGGCCCCUGGAGUGCCAUUUGUGAAGUGUCAGAGUCCCUGUUUCUCUGAAAAUACAAAUCCAAGCCCCCUACAGAGUCGUGCUGCUGCCACCUCUGUUCUCCUGUGCACAUUCCCAAUGUCAGGGCAGAAUGAUGUGGAGGGUGUUAUGGUAGCUACAGGGCAAAACUUCCCCCUUGGUAAUAUUUAUAAUUUUCUUUUUCACCACUGCAUUGUGAGAACCUAGCCUUUCCUCGUUAACCCAGAAUUCACACUUGAGAACCCCAUGUUUCCCCCUUCCCAAUCCCAUUGCACUCUUAUACAAGAUUUUAAAACGGGUAACUCAGUUUUCUUUUAAAUAUUUAACAUAAAAUAAAGCUAUGGGCUGGAACCAUUUAUGUCAAGUGUCUGCACAGAGCAAGUUUUCUUUUUAAACAAAUUAUAACCACUUGCAAAAAUUGGUGAGUUAGGGCAAAAUUGUAGCCACAGCAUCAUAAUGUAUCUUAUUUGAAACUAUGCACCUUUGAAAUGUUUCCUUGUACAUACAAAGUAUACCUUACUAAGCACACACUCCAAAUUUUCAACCAUAUUAUUUGUAUGUGGCUGAAUCCUAUUAAAAAACCUGUAAGAACCCUCCCCCACAUUGAAUACAGAUGCAAAGUUAUUGCUUGUUCUACAGCUGCUACUACUUUAGAAGCAGCGAAGAGUCUUGUGGCACCUUAUAGACUAACAGACGUU